AUGGUAGGAGCGCUCUUCUACGGACGUUAUACAGUGCGUCAAUUUGCCUUACGAAGUCUGCGACAAUGUGAGGCUGAGAUUCAUCACUCAACGUUUGGGAACGCGAGGAAUGUGACGGUUCGGAAACCGCGCUAUUCGGUUUACAAUACUGCAGUUCCCAGGCGUUAUGUUACGCCAACAAAUGGAAUUUAUGCUUUGCCAUUUCCUCAACCUCCGUUCCUGCAACAACCUGUUGGAGACGGUUACGCUCCAAUUUCCGUCGUAGAAUCCGGAUCUCCUCCUGCACCGUAUUCUACUCACCCAUCGCAGCAAAUCCUUUUCUUUCCCAAACCCAAAGAAAGACAAGCCCGAGUGUUUCCUACACCCAACAACCGUCAACCAGCGCAACGAUACGAGGGUCUUGGAGAAGGACUAGACCUUGGAAUCAAAUCAACGUGCAAUUGCUGUGUGCCGGGUCCCCGUGGUAAACCUGGACGAAAUGGGAAAAACGGAUUUCCUGGAGCGCCUGGAAUGAACGGAUUGCCGGGGAAAUCUGCAAAGCAGGUGAACAGGCCUUGUGAAGAUACGGGUGUGCGUUGCAAGCCAUGCCCACAAGGACCGGAUGGUCCGGUGGGGCCUCCUGGGCAACGAGGAGAUCCUGGACGGCCAGGAAUUCCUGGUAGAAGAGGAAUGAAUGGACUGCCUGGGACUCCUGGAAGAAAAGGUAUUCGAGGAGCAGAUGGCGAUCCAGGAGUUCCUGCCACUGCCAAAGGAUAUACUCGUGGAGAAACAGGACCGCCUGGACCGCAAGGACCUCAAGGACCACGCGGGCGUCCCGGCCCACCAGCUCCCGACACGCAGUCAGCUAGAACCAAAGGACCUCCGGGACCAAAAGGCAAGACUAUGAGACAGCAUCAUAAACGAGAUUAUGCGGCACUUAGUGGAGGAAGCUACCAGUGGAAAAAGCAGUGA